AAGAUGCUGGUCGUCCACCCUUCUUCUACCUGCGACGUCUGCCUUGAAAGCUAUAUAAGCCGCCCAUCGAACCUGCCGCAUUCUAUUUCAUGCGGCCAUGUUUUCUGUCUAAAUUGUCUACAAUCAUUGCGACAGCACAUUUGCCCUCUAUGUCGCUCACCAUUUGAGUUAUCGGAGGUCCGGAGGCUUCACGUGGAUCGUAGUGAUUCACUGCAAAAUGCGCAGGGAAGACUUAGCCCACGAACAACAGACCAACAGCGGCGCGAGCUUCCUUCGGACAAUGCGCUCGGGUUAGUCGAUGACAUCCCUCGGGCAACGCAACUACAGCGGAAAAUCUCAGAAUUAGUUUUGAGAGGCACCUUUACCGGCAGUGGUCGGGAACGCGGUGUACGUGAGUUUAUCCAGGAGAUACACGCUUUUCUGGUUGCUGAACCGCAAGAAAUGCAUGCGAACCUCCGAGCAUCAUUCCUUCUACUUUACCGAUUCACUGACCUUCAGGCGAAGCAUCGACAACUUGAGUCUAGCACAUUUGACCUACGGACCGAAAACUCCCGUAACAAACAAGUAAUAAUCGAUUGGGAACAUCGUUAUCAUGAUGUCCAACGGAGCCGUGCUCGUGAUCAAGAAUCAGCGAGAACCGUCGAAGCGAGUCUUAGAGAGCGCUUGCGAAUAGAAGAAAUUGAAUGGCAGAGGUAGUACGAUUUUAUCUCCGAAGAAUGUGCCAAGCUGCGCGAGGAGAUAGAUAGGUUCCGUCUUUCAUCAGGCGGUAGUCGGGGUGACACUCGAAAGCGUCAUCGAUCCUCAUCGACCACACAAAUCCUAUAUCCUGGGGCCGAGGACAAUGUGACUUCGUCGAAUAGUUGGGACAACUCUCUCAAGGGUUCAAGGGCUGACAAGGACCGCCGACCGUCGCAGUCGAAAGAUGACAUUGACGUUUUCGGUCACUUCAGUUCUGACCUGUUCCAUAUCUCGCCCAUUCCGGGAAAUAUUUCGCUGUCUCUCAGCAAGCAAAGCUCAGAUUCUGGUGACGAGACGACGGUCGAAAAGUACAGACGACGAGCACCAGAGUCUCCGACCCGGACAAGCUCAAGUUCGAGUAGUAUCUCACGCGCAUCAGACUCCGCUGCGGCACUGAAACUAGUCCCAGCUGCCAUUCCGGUACCAGCGGCUUCAAAUCGUCAACGCAGCGAUUCCAACCCGAAUCCGACUCGCACACGUGAGAGGUCGAAAGUCUAUCGGUUUGAGAGCCAGCUGGAGGUUUCGUCUUCAGCGCCGAGCAGCUACAUGUACCGUGCACCCUCUCCAAAUCGAGCACUUUUCCCGGGAACUCCACUUCCUGAAACUCCUGUGCAGGACGGUACUUCGCACGAUGAUGAUGCGUCGCAUGUUAUGCGGCUGUAUUCCUUGCUUGAGAAGUCCGUGCCUAUUGUCGACCCGCGUUUGACAAGUGACUUCAGCCCUCUCAACAGGACACACGCUGCUGGACCCAGACAACAGGAUUCCCGGCCAUCUCUUCCCCGCAGCAUGAGCUACCAGAAUGUUCGCACGUCGGAUUUCAGUACCACUGCAUCUCCUACAUCUAUUCCCACGGCUGUUACUCGGGUCUCUUCGUCUUCUGUACGCAGGUCCCAACCACAUAUGCAAGUCCAAACAUCACUACUCUCCGCUACCCAAUUCCAACAAACUUCCGUCUCUUCACCACAAACACCCACACAGGGUCAGACUCAGCUCCAAACGUCAGAGGCAACCUCUCCGGUUCAGAGAACACCACCCCGCCCCGUUCUCCCACAUAUGCACUCAUACUUCUACAGUCCUACUCCUGCAAAGCCAGUAUCCCCAAAGGAGAACCGAGUCGGCGUCCGCGGUACAUUGCCUCGUCGUGGAUCGCUGUCGAGCGCCAGCGCGGCAGCUGCGCUAGCCGCUGGCCCAGGCUCGUCCAGUACUGUUCUCCCAUCCCCACUGAGAUCUUCGGGAAAGCCACAAGCACAAGGCCUCUUCGGCGGUCAAGACUCCGAUUACUAGGCUACUCAUUCAUGCUUCUCAUUCUUCACUGCGAGCCGAGCUCACACCCAUGUCAGAAGUCUGAUAUUGUUCCCAAUUAUAAGUGGAAUUGAUUAAAGCCCUUUCAUAUGCACGCAUGCCGAUUUAUUUUGGAAGAGUCAUUUCCCGCUGGUCGCCUCUUGCACACAUAUUUCCUACUUCUUCGCAUUAUUAAAAUAUUUGUAUUCUUUGUUAUGAGUUCUUUUACUCAUUCACAUGAGCACUGGAUUAGGACCUUGUAUAUUCCUUCCGGGCUCCUUCUUUUCCACUCUUCUAGGCCAGGUGUCCUUGCUUCUCAAAUGCCCCCUUCCUUCCGCCUUCUCUCUUCCGACAGGCGAUUCUUGUUCCGUAUGCUGCCCGUAUCCC